AAAUAAUAGAGGAAUUGGUUAAGAGUUGUAAUGUGAGUAGAACACGUAAGUAGACCAGUAUGUAUGUGUAGGAGUACUCUACACAUACAUAAAAAUGAGUGUACCAAAUCUUUGAUUCACAAUAAUAGUAUAUUCAAAGACAAGUAAUUAGAACAAGAUAGAGCAUUGAAGAUUAAGAGAAUAGGGAACUGUAGAGUUGCCUUGGCAGGAGGGAAAAGCAUUAUGGUGAGUUUAUCUAGUCUACAAAAAAAUGGUUAUCUUCAUAACUCAGUGGUCCUCCCUCAUGAGUCAAGACCUAUCCACGUCUCACAAAUAAAAACCAACGCCACAAUCUGGUGUGUCCUCUUCCUUAAAUGCUCUCUUUUGCUUCUUUCUCUAUAAACACACAACAAGACAUGAUGGUUUUAGGAACUUGUCUGAGUUCUAACUUCCAAUGCGGCUGUUAUCAUCUGAACCCCAACCCCAACUUACCUCCUCUACAUGUACGUCACAAAGCUGCAGCUGGAAGCCUUACUCUCAUCCCAAUGACUUUGCUGCCAACGCCUCUCUUCUUCUCAUAAUCAUUUUCUCAUCUCUCAUAUGCGUCCUCUCUCUCCAGGCUGCCUUACGUUGUUGCCUCCGUCCAGUCCUCCAGCAUGAUCCUAAACCCGACCCUGACCCUGAGACCUCUCUUACGGAAGCUUUCCCGGCACUUGUCUACUCCCCUGGGCUGAACCUGGCAGGCACUGAAGCAGAGUGUAUCAUUUGCUUGUCUGAAUUCCAGAACGGUGACAACCUCCGGGUGUUGGAUAGAUGCAAACAUGGGUUCCACGUUCACUGCAUCCAGCAGUGGUUCUCCUCCAACCCUUCCUGUCCCACUUGCCGUACAAACGUCUACUCCUCACCAACCGAAACUCCGUAGUCAGAUGACUUCAUGGUUGAUGCAGCUUCCUGGUUUUUGCCUACUUUUUCCUAUUUAUUUUCUUUCCCACCUCACAACUCUACCAUGUUUUUCCAAGCUAGUUUGUUUGUUACCUUUUCUUGUUUUAUAUUCCAUGAAAUCAUAAACACACACACACACACACACACUGAGAAAACUGUACUAUACUCAAAACAAACAAAGACCGUCACACGAAGCAAAGCAUAACGUUACCUCAAAACAUAGAGUGGCAAAGGUUUCCUUUAGAUGUUGGAGUUUAAGAACUAUGAGGUAUGAAAGGUUAACUUCCCACCUGUUGGAUAAGAACGAAUGAUGUGUCCCCAGAUAAG